AUGGCAACAAGUCGAAUAAGCCCCUCUCGGCCGUCAAUCCGCCUCUCCCCCAUUCAUUCUCGACAAAACUCACGUUCGACGUCCCCGGAACGAAACCAGAACUCCUUAUAUCAGAAAAUCGACCCCUUGCUCAGCAAUCUAUCGCCUGAGUCCACCCUACACGCCCUAACCUCCACCGAGGCGGUUCCCUCGAACGGCAACUUCUCCCAUAAUGUCUUGUCUCAAAGCAUAUCCCAAGUCUCGCCGGCCGAACGCGCCCUCGGAAUCCGAGCUGCAAUAGCCGCCCAGAACUUGGAUAUCUGGUAUAAGGAGGUGCAAUCGUGGACCUGGCCAAAACAAAACGAAGCAAAGGCUGGGAAAGGGUUCAUACCGCCGGUCGAGUCAUCGUUGAGAUACAAUACUGCGGAGUCGGACCUUCCAUUACUCCCGGGCAGCCAUGGAGAGCCGGAAUUCUAUGGGAGUCUACCAGCAACCCUUGUUGAGGAAUAUGAGAAGAGGAUUGACGAAAUACGCGACGGAAUGGAUAAUUUAAACGUGGAUGAGCUAAAAGAACACGUUCUCAGUGCCCACAUUCCAUCCCGGUCUCGCCCUUCCUCCUCCACCAGUACCGUGUCCGUGCCCCCGCCACUCAGCUAUGUGCAGCUCAGUGACUUUACGGCCAUCGUCACCGCCACCAUCCUACGCGCCUUGCCGUUGCUCUCGCGGCUGAAUAGUCUCCUAAUCACCUGGGAUGUUCGUCUUCUUGUUUUGCGCCAAAUACCAGGCUUGUUGAGAGAGUUAAGCUCUACCCGAGCCUCACUCAAUUCCUCAUUCCGUGAAUUACGGUCAUCAUAUCCUUCCCAGAGCAUCAAUACCAUCCUGCCCGGCUCUUAUUUACGUGCUGAGCAUGUUAAACUCGAAACUGCCGUUGUUACUGUGGGAAGGCGGAUGGAUCGUGCACUGGACGCGUUGGAAGGCCGUCUGGACUCGCUGCCGGAAAGUUGGAUCGAUGAUUUGGAAAGCAUUGAAUCCGACUUUGCCGCUUGGGUGGUUGAGUCUGAACGAUAUCAACUCCGUGCAGAAUGGCUGCCAGUGAAAGAACAAUCCAAGCAACCGGUAUUAUCGGAAAGCGGCCUGCUUCAACCUGAAGUUCCUUCUGAGGCAAUCGAUAAUGUGCCAGCUUUACCUCAAGCGGCCACCGAGGUUACGCCUGAGCCACAGAUGGAGACUAUCGAGGAAGAGACCGAGCAUGAUCUCCAAAGUUCGGCCAUUGGCAGCGUUGAGGAGGUCGUAAAAACAGUGGAUUCUCGUACGCAUGCAACGGAGAAGGGCUUUGACACGCACACUUCCAGCAGUCCCCAAUGCGUUCAGGGCCCUGGUUAUUCGGAGCAGCCUCAUCGGAUCGAAGAUUCACGACCCUUAUCUCAACUGCAGUUUAAUACUCUUGUUGUAGAGGAUGUACAGACGCCAACACACACUGACUCCUUGCUUGCUCAAGAGGCUGUGGUCUCGGAACAAUCCUCUGCAACAGGGUCACUGCCACAUGCUAUGCCAGUGAUCGAGAAUAAAGAAAAUAUCCCCCCACCUUCCUAUAAACAAGAACGGCCCCGGUCAUCCUCAACUAGGGAUCCUUCGUCAAAACCCAUGGUCUUGGCAGAACACAAUGCAGAGGAUGACCCCUUUGUCCAGACUAGCGUCGAAUUCCAGGCUAAGGAACCCCCAGCAUCAUCGACUUCGGUUGACAAGCUUGACAAGCAUCGAGAGCACACCGGCAUUUCCUCAGAACUCAACAAUAUACGGGAUGAAUAUGUCGACUCUAAAGCUCCCAUUACCCAGAACUCUGAACCAUCGGUUUCAUCUCCAGCUGUAAAUGAAAUGGUACCGGCUGCAGAAAUGAUCACUGUUCACGAAAUAGCUGGUCAAGAGUCUCUUGAAAAGCCGGGUCUUGAUAAUGUAUCCUCCAGGGACGCAUCUUCCUCGCCAUCUUUCCUCGACGAACAGGAUCCAGUCACGAGUUCCACGCUCUAUACUCCAAAAGAAAGCGAUACGAUGUCUGCUUUGAGCGGCAAGACGCAGACUAUCGCUUCAAAUGCUCAGGGAGACCAACGUAUCCCAUCAUCUGGCGUCAUCAAUCCGGCUACAUCUGCAAAUGAUCAGAAUGACUGUCUCUCCCAGACACCAGCUAAAGGCCAUUCAGUGGCGAAUCAUGAUCCACCGCUCCAGGUUACCAGCCCUGUUGUCAGUACUGAGUCUGCAACAAAGACGAGUCCUAAUCUUGUCCAUGAGGCAGCCGAAAUCUGCCCUUCCAUUCCAUCGGAUUUCAGGAAGUCGAAUCACAUGGAACCCGAUCCUACGCCUGUGACCAUAAGGAAAGCGGAGGAGAAGGGUCCUGAGCCUCCAACCUCUUCUCGAAAGCCCUUGCAGAGCCCCAUAAAACUUUCCAAAGGGCGACCUGGAAAGCUAGAUCUCGAUAAGACUUCGCAUAUUCACCAUCAUCGGCGAUCAUCUACAGGAUCUGUUGGCUCUCUGCUGUCAGACAACUCGUCUCUCAUUUCAAGCCCUGAGAUACCGGCCUUCAAAACCGGUGAAUCAAGUGGCCACCCCCUGUGA